AUGCAGCGUGACUUUGCAUAUGUCGUGGUUUGUACCAUUCUGGCAUCUCAAAUCUCUUCCCGGGCUGAAGAAAACUACGCUGACGACAAGGGGAAUGCAGACAAACUUUUUCAGUAUCUUCAAACACACCAAAAGGAUACGGAUUUGGUUUUUUACACUGUAAAACGCUCCUAUGCGAGCAAUCUCCUAGCUACUCAAGGUAAAACUGAAACUUGCAUCAAGGCUACAAUAAUAUCUGCCAACGAAAGUGCUGCACAACUGUGUACGACAUUUAAGACGGUUGGCGAAAAUUCUGAGGAUCCAUUUGUGAUCACAUAUAAAACGACUGGCUCUGAUACAAUGGAAGGGGAACCUGUUCUUGAUAGAAUGGUGGUUCAAUAUGUCAACGAGAAAGAAAAAUGUCUUAUCGUUCAACAUAUGGGGAAAGAAACACUGGAUGCAUCCAUGAAAUCGUGCGAUAUGGUCAGAGCAAGCAUUGAUGCUACCGGUGUGGAAUGCAACAAAGAGUUUAGCAGAAUGUGUGGAUCAUCGACAAAAAUAAUAUCCACUACAGAUGGCUGUAACGAUGUCCCCACUCCUCGAUGCAGUGAGACAUCACAACCUCCUUCAAGUGCUAACGAGCAGGUUUGA